AAUUUAUUUUUUUCAACCAGUAUUUUAGCUAAGUUUUUAUUUCAAAUUACAAUGGUUGUCAUAACAAGCUUGAUAACAAAAUAGCAUUUAGUAUUAUGUAAGCAAAAACGAAUAAACAAAUAGUUUCGUCAAACGAUGUCAUCCAAAUUUCAUUAAAAUUAUAUUCGUCCAUCAUAAAAUUUCUCGAAUACGUAAAAAGCAUUUUCCAUUCAAAAUACGACACGUCGCUAUUUCGGUAACGCCCAGCCAAUAGCUAUAGUAUGUUGCAUAUAUUCUAAAACUUCAACCUCGAUCUAUUUUUGUUGAAGUUUCGUGAUUGUAUCACGGAAUAAUCUGUUAAAACCAGGAGAAGGAUAUAAAUCUUGAACUAAUUGCAUUUGAGGAUUACGAAGCCUGGUAUUAUUAUUCUCUAGGUACAAAGCUAGGCACUAACUUUUAAUGGGGUACUAACGAGUCGCUCUAUAUAUUUACAAGGAAUGGAAAAAGGUGUGUCACAUGUGGGCGUAAACCAAUAAAACUCUAUAGGGCUAUGACAAAAUAAUAUCUUAACAAUUCUUCGCUAUGUGCCUUUUUCAUGUGAUUAUUUUGUUACAUAUCUAUUAAUAUUUUAUCAUAGUAUUUGUACAGUGUGAAAAUAUGACCCUAGCCUUUCAUCCUGUAAAAAUCAUAUCUGUGAUUUAAUUAUGGAUUGGUAUCUAACACUCCAUAAUAAAUACUGCACCUCCAUGCUAGUUUACGAACUAAAUCAAGACACUGGCACUUGUUAAGGUUCUAUUAAAGUUAUAGAAAUCCCAUAAGAAAUACGAAACCAUACCAAAGAACUCACUGAGUAAAAAUAAAAUUAAUAAACUAGGCGAUCCAAUCCAAGCAUCUUAUAACAUGUAUGUUUAAAGUUUUCCAUCAAAUGCGCCAUCAACUAUUUUUGCAAAAAAAUACCGUAUUUUUUUUGUAAAGUACCUCUUAACUCUUAAAACAUGUUCCUAUAGAAAUAAUAACAAUAUAUGUGGACACAACUAACGGAAACAAUCUACAAAAUGAGUACUUUCUGUUUAGUGCCGGCGCUCCCUGACCGUCACUAUUUAUAAAGUAAAUUGCCUGCCACAAAGUGAACAUUGAUAUCUACGCCAAUCUUGUUAAUUCAAUGUCUUUAUAUGUUUAACAUUUUAUGAGGGGACAUCAAAAUAAUGUAUUGCUUGAAGCAGGGUUGAAUGAUUAGCCAAUGUAGUUCAAUAUUCGUCAAUAUAAUACUUACACCGAUAAGUAAAACUAAAUUUUUGUCUAGGCCUGUUUUAAAAUUCUACGUACUAGUAAAGUAGAUACAUUUUUGAAUAGAAUAUUUGGGGCUAAUGCUUAACCUAAAUAACCCGUCGAAGGUAAACGAACAUACAUCUAGAACUCCUCUAUUAAUUGAUAUAUUCGUACUGUUAUUGUCCAUAAUAUGUAAGUUUGUGCCUCAAUGUCAUCUAUCAGAGCAAUUAAUCAAGUUCGAAUAAUCGUAUGGCCUACAUUUUCAGCUGGUCGCAGAGCAGCCAUGUUGCCGUUUCUAUGGCAACCGGAGGCUGCCUCUCCGCCACUCGACCCGCGCGCACAGAUCAAUGCUGAAAAUUUACUAGGGUUGCUUCUUACUUAAAAGCUAUAAAGUGUUUGUGCCAUGAAUUCACAAUGUACUUAUUUUUAUACAUGCUGUGUUCUGCGCUAGUCUAAACACAAAUUUAUUAAGAUUUAUAAGAAAAUUGUCAAUCUCAUUGGGUUCCUAAAUGGACGUAACAUACCAUACCAUCGCAGUAAAUAUAUUUUUUGAACCAAAGAUCCCAUUUACUUCAUAUGAAAAGUGAAUUGGUUAUCUUUACUAGUUCUUAGAAGAUAAAGUUAGGUAAACAAACGUGCUAAGUAAUGAAGAACUUAACAGCGACAACCCUACAUACCGGUCUCGUCACAAAUGCGCGGAACCUCAUUCCCUGUCUCGCGUUCCUUCAGAGAGGUCCUCGCUUCGUCCCUCACCUUCCCAUGGUGCCACCAUACAAUGUAAACAGUGUUUCUCCCAUAACUAAAGUAGGAUGUGUUAAUUACUGCAAGUGAGGAUAAUUCCUCAAAAUGAAAUUCAAAGACAUGUCCGAAGAAGACCCGAAUACUGAGGAGGUGGUCCCGAUCCCGGUUCAGAUUUUCCUCUGGAGACAGACCACCCCUUUCGUAAGACCGCGACUUGGGAAAGUUCACGAUGCCGCGUGCAUGUUCUGUCAACGUGCUCCCGGACACCAUGAAGUCAAGGAAGCAUGUAAGUCUUUUGAAAAAGUGUUGGUUCAAAAUCUUCGAUUUGGACUAUCUAUUAGUUUAGCGGAAGCUAUAGAAUCUAUUCCACGAUGGAGACUCAUCCAAGCAUCAUUGCCUCAUGUGAUGCAUGCAUUAGCAGCUCUGUUACACAACAGAGUAAAAGACAACAUGCAGUCCUUAGGAAAUGUAGAAACAAAACUACUGUACACACUGCACUGGAUCUUACUUGACGCUUCUGAUGAAUGUAUUGAAAGUGACUAUGAAAAUAACAUCUUCUACUCAAAUCCAUUUCACUACCUGUUCUCUAUUCCGGCACUGACGCUAUUUGUAUUCCUGUUUGCACCACUGUCUCACCACCUGAAAGAAUCAGACUUCACAAACAAUUAUCGGUUAGAGAAUGGCCUAAAGAUGUGGCAAGCUAUGUGGGAGUUCAGGCAUCCAGAGGCGCCAUGUUUUACAACGCUCGUCAAGCCAAAGCCCAAGCCUCUAGGUGGCAAGUAUUCCAAGAGACAUCAGCCAGGCGACGUGUUCAUGGGACGGAAGUUAUCGAAAGAGGAGGGAAAUGUGACUGGAAGUCCUCCAAGUCAGAACAUUUCUAUGUCUCAGUCGGAAGUGACGUCGAAACAAGCAAGCACUGAAGAAGAACCAUGGCUCUCAUCACCGAAAGACACGAUAUUCCCUGAAACUAUUCCUGAAGAAAGUUCGAGCACCGAAGAAGAACAUGUGUUUAUUUACCGUCUACCAUCGGAGCAAAAUUUCGGAGGUGCUGUAAAGGAAGCCUACACGGUAUACGCAGCUGAUCCCAGUAUAUUCCAGCUUCGUAAGAGUGACAUUACAAAGCAAGGUCUACCUGGGAUCAAACCUUUGCCACAGAUUACUAAGAUGAGUUCCUCAGACAAAGAGUCUUUGUCAGAUAGUGGCGGCGGAGGGGGAGGUCCAAAAGGUACUCCAACAUCCACAGAAAAACCACCGACUGCAAAACAAGGAAAUGUUUCUGCAGCAACUUUCCUAGACGUUGCUACUUUACGCUGCUUAUUUACAUCGCAGUGGCAAGAAGAGGGAGUAUAUUGGGCCCUUCACUACUUAUAUAACAGACUUCGAGAUAUAUGCGAUGAUAUGUCUAAACAGACACAACCGAGGAAAAGAAGCAACUCUUUGCCUAUUCCCAAAAUAGAAGUGUCUGUUUACCAAAGCCCUGACAUGAAAGAUCGGGACUCGCUCAAAAACUUCAUAGAAGUUCCCGAAGUCAAAGACAUGUCGCCAAUCACAGAAAUGCCUUUCACUUCACCAACGAAAGUAGAAGAAGAUGCUCUUAUGACGAGAAGAGCAAGUGAAAAGAUAAAACGUAAAAUGAAGAUGGCGGACCUAAAAGCUUUCGUGGAAACAAAACUGCUGUCGAAGUCAGAAAAAGCUUUAGAGAAAAUUGGACACGAUGACCAGAAGUUCUCCUUCCACACCGCAGUUAGGAUGAUAUCUGAAUACCACAGGAGCUUGGAUAAUACAGACGACAGGCCAAACUCGGCGUUGGCUAGUAACUUUCCACCCUUAGCUCCCAGACUAGCUGGUGGUGACUUGUUCCAUUGCAACCUUAUUAAAGGAAAAAGUAUGCCGAGUCUAAGAUUGAAUUGGAGGGGGAGAAGUAUGACUAACAUGUAUAUUGGGGAGGUGAAGACGGAAAGAACACAAGGGCCGUCGAACACAAUGCCUUGUAAUAUGCAAAAGAAAAAGAACCCUAUCAUCACUGUCACUGAACAUACGCCCACGCCAUCGCCUGAUUAUCUAUCGAAAACUAGACAGGGUUCAUUAGAAUCUCAAAUCGACUCGGUAAGCAUGCAAGGUUCCCAACAUAUACCGACACCAGAGCGCAAACCAAGCCUGACCCGUUCGCAAACAGAUUCGAACAUAACCUACGUCGUUGAAGAAAUUCAAGAAGCACCUGGAUCUAUCCAUUAUAUUACCAAAGAUGGGGAAAUAGACUUCCAAGUUGUGUUAAAGGCGGUCUACUCGGUUUCGACAAUGGACAGUUUCUACAUAACCCUUCGUGUCAUGGAAGUGAUGUUGAAUUUAGUGGAUACUCUUAUGGAAAUGGGAGUUCACAAAAAUUGGCAGAGUUGCAAAAACGAUGAAACCCAACCGGGAAAUGUAGAUCCUAUGUCCGAUUUUAAUAAAGAUAACCAAAGCAAAGAAAGAGAUUCUGGUAUUCCUUGCGCUCAAAGCCAAGAGUCAACGAAUAUCGAAGGUGGUGAUAGCACAAAAGAUAAAGUUAGGGAAGAAGAUAACUUGGAUUGUCCGUAUUACAUGAUUAUGCACAUUAUACUAAGACUGCUUCGUCAACUCGGAUGUUCUCACGGUUGCACUACCGCCCUCCGUGGACCACAAGCCGAAUGCCUGCGAGUCCAGGCCCGCAACUCCCUUCGCGCAUUGCGUUCGGCCUGUAUACCUAAGUUCACGACGCGUUUGAAGGAAAUGACCAAGUAUUCUCCAAUAAGAGAGGUUCUUGACAACUUACAUGCAGCCGUUGGAUUUUGUGCUGAACCUGCUACUUUAGUUUCUCCUAUGAAUCAACAAAAACGGAAUUUCACAAAAUCUCCUGAUAUAACGAAUCUGCAAACUGGUUACGCUACUAACUUCGGCGCUGGUCAGGGCUCUAACGCGAACCGAGCCAUAGAAACGUUCAUCAUUGAGUCAACAUUCAGAGUACUUGUCACACGGUUUGCUUUAAUGCAUAAAGAAUUGAAGAUGCUUGAUAAUUCUACCUUAUACAUGGAAGUACGUCUGCUACUUAGCUAUGUGCGUGAAGCUCAUGGUGGGGAGUUUCGAGUGGUCGCCUUCAGUGCAUUACUGGAUACAGCUGAAAGACCCGACAGCCAACAGAAAGAGUCCAACAUGCAGACUACAAGAGUUAUUAGACACAUUCCCCGCCAAAGUGAAGAAGAACGUGGUUCCGAUACGGGAGCAGACUCAGGAUGCGCUCCUGACGAAAGAUCACACAAGAAGUUUACAUUCAAGAAACGAAGCACGUCUUCCACUGGAGCUCAUAGUCUUCUAGAAACGGAAGGUGGUGAUGAGUCAGUGAGCCAGUCUCCGCUAUCAGUACGAACAAGACGCUACCAGCUUACGCCGCGCCAGUCAGAGCGGACAAUCCCUUCUGCAUCUUCUACGGACAUCACACCGCACCAUAAGAUCUCACAUUCCAAAUCUAUACCCUCCAAGUUUCAUAUUAGCGGGAUAGUAAACUGGUUUCGCCAGAAGCCUCAGCACUCACAAUCGCUGAUCCGUAACGGCGGUGGUUCGGGGGAAUCUCUACCAAUAUCCGGCAGUAUGAUAUCCCUAGCGCGACCGCCACACAUGCCGCCGCCACACACAUCACGACCCGUACAUGUCAAGCGAAGGGUUGGAUAUACACUCAACAGAGCGCGAAAAAGAGUAGAAGACAGACUAAACAGAUUCGGUCUUAGAAAAAUGGGAAAGAAGAGAGAUGGUAGUAUAGAAGAUACUAGCGGUGGUUAUAUGUCUCGUCGUGGUUCCGCUGAGGGCGGCUCAGGGGGUGGCGAGUCAGAAGUAGUUGUUCUGAAGCGACGUCGUCUAGUGGCAGCUGCGCCGCUAUACGCGGGCUUGGCGCGGUUCAACUUCUUAUUAGACGCUACACAGCCGGGAGGAACACCCGACGCGCUCUUUAUGGCCGCUCUCCUAGACUUACCUCAUACGGUCGUGGUCGGAAGAGCUGCAAUAUUACUUGAAUGUGCACAUUUAGUACAUAAUUGUAAUAAGGGUCAGUGGCCUUACUGGCUUAAAUCGAAUACUUCUAAAGCUGCAGUGUCGCUAAACCCCCAAUUGAAAAGGCAACGAUUAGCUGGAAAACUAUUCUACCAAUGGGCAGAGGCCAUUGGUAAUAGAUUGGAAGAAAUGUUGAUUGAAGACAAAAAACACAUAGAUACAGUUGUGAACUUGGUUAAUGACCCUGAUGGACAGAGGGAGCUACUGCAACAAGAUGAAGAGGAAGAUUUUCUUGACGAAGCCAGCAUACGUAUUCCUGGAAAACCAGUUGGUGCUGAAUGCCCCCGAGCUUUGAGAAUAAUAGCUUGUGUUCUGCUCUUUGAAAUAACGACGUUUUUGCGCGAAACCUAUCAAAACCUCCCAAAAACCUGCCGCUCUUCACUCAAAGAAAGAGGACCCUGGGACAGAGUUUACAGGGAAGCUAACCGUCGAUGGAGUAUGGCUCUGUCGAGCAUGGGUCAUUCACAAGCGUCUGCCCAAAGCCUACAAUCGAUUGCGGGAGCUGAGACAGAGCGUAAGAUAUCGUUUGUACUGCACGAACCUGAAAAUGUAUCUGGUGGAAGCAACGUUACUUUAGCAGAUGCCAUACCCCCAGCUGUGGAUGAUAAGAAGGGUCGUUUAGGAUCCCGCGGUAAAGGCAUGCAUCGCCGCAACACUCAGCAAACACACUCUGCGUACGGUUCCUUCAAGCGACGAUCUAUUAAACUGCGGCAAAAAGAUACGAGAGAUGUCGUUGAUGAAUUCGUUACCAGAAGAUCAGAUUCAAUACAAAGUAGAAGAAAGGUGUCCUCUUUGUCAGAUAGAAGUGAUACUUCGGAAGUUUAUCCAGGUACAGGUACAGUAAUAAUGUCAAACGAAGUGGACAGUGGUGGGGAGGAGAGCCCCGGUGUACUCUCUGAUGAUCAUGACCACCCACCGGACAGCCCUGACAGCAACUCUACUGACCCACCAGAUACUAAUAAAGGAUUCCCUUGGCUUAAGGUGAUGGUCAAGUUCCUAAACUCUUUCAACUACGUAUGCUGUCACCAAAACUUUUGCCACCCUUACUGCUUCCGGCGAAACAUGAGAGCCAGUGUAAGGCUCAUGAAAUCUGUACAAAAGAUUUAUGGGGAGAAAUUCGGCCCGGAAAUCAAUACGACAAGUUCAGAAGAGGGUAACGGUGGAACACGUCGGGGAAGAAGAUCCAGAAAGUCCUCUGAGCAUUCUACAGAUAGGUAUUCUCAAAUCGAGCGUUCAGUGAUUGAAAGCGCAGGGCUUGCAUAUCGCGCGGCCGUUGGCGAGCAGGGCAGUAUGGCCGCUGAAGGCUUGCCGUCCAAACCCGCUGCUGUGCCAUACCCACCUAUAGAUCCCCCACCUAUACUGAAGUAUCUUAAAGGACAGGUCCGCGACGCCUACCAUACGCCUCUUGCAACACUCAUCAAAGGCGCCACGACAAUGGGAGAGGAUAUGUUCGCAGAAUGCGCACCAGUCGCAUGGCAACUUCUUCUAGAAGAUGACCGCGAACUAAGCUCUUGUGCGGCUGCAUUAUUCAUACUAGCUGCGGUUAAAGCGCCACAUACAGCUACUGAGAUCAUGCAUAAUGAUUUAAAACAUACUGAGCCAGCUACCAGAAUUAACGCUAUAUUAAGAUUUCAAGUGAUGUGGAAGCUAAGGUACCAAGUAUGGCCGCGAAUGGAAGAAGGUGCAUCAGUUACAUUUAAAGUGCCACCUCCAGGAAUUGAGUUCACUUUACCUUCACCGAAAAUUGGAAUAGAGUCGCUAGCGGUUGUAGACCCGCCUUGGAGCCCACAAGUAAAGGAUAAAGAUAUGGAGAUGACAUUGAAUCAAGAAAGACAUCGUUCUCUAGUCACAGCCACUAAAACUCGUAAGAAACAGCAGACAGAAGCAAUAAAGCGAGCGCUACAACAGCGUAACGACAAGAAACGUGCGGAGCGAGAGAGUUUCCUAAUUACGACAAUACCUAUUACCAGGCAGGCCGCCCGCGAGCCUGCAUUAGAUCAUGCAGCUGACGAUCAUGUUGAACCGCCAGCCGACGAGGAACUGGUAGAAGGUGUGCGAGGAUCUCAUCAUACACAAGUAGCUUCUGCACUAUUUCCGUCGACCUUAUGUUCUGCGGUUGCCGAAAUUGUGUCACUUUUGGACGACGCCGCUGUGUCGCAAGAUGGCUGUUCUGUAUAUGAAGUUGCUUAUCAGGUCAUAUGGUGCUGUCUUGUCGAAGACUCAGCGCUUUUCCUCCGUCACGUACUAGAACGUCUAACUCGCGACCACCAAGAUGAAAUGUUCAAGUUGCUGAGACAUUUGAUACGAUUCAUACCUCGGUUGCCUCAACAAGCGGCAUUUGCUUUAUAUAACUAUAUCAUUGGAUACGUCAUGUUCUAUGUAAGGAGUCCACACGAAGAAGGACAGAGGCUUGUCGGUGCAGCUUUGUCCAUACUUUGGAUGGUGGUACACAGUGUCCAUGGUAUAAUGUUCAAGGAUUUAAAACAGAUAUUGCGUAAAGAACAAUGCGAUGCCUCAAUAUUGCUUACUGCCAACGUUCCUGCAGCUAAAAAGAUCAUUGUUCAUGGACCACCGGACAACGAAGGCUGUAUACCAUCUCAGUUCCCUGUUCAAGAAGACACGGUGUUUGCACAGAUAUUGAAAGAGUCGCUUGACUUCUUUGGUAUCCCAGAAAAGUUACAUCGAGAACAUUUUCUCGUCGAUUUUAAAACUCGUCAAAUACAUAACCCGCAAGGAUAUGUGAGAGACCACUACUUCUUCAAACGCUCCCAAUAUCCACAGUUAGUACUGAUUCAUAUGGAACCCGAUGAAGCCUUCCAAAAAUUACAAGAACAAGAACUCUUGCAGAAAUUCGUUGAGAUCGGCAAAGUUCUUCUGACUUGGGCUAUAUUGAAAAAUGUUGACAUGGUUGUCCAACGUGUGGUGUUUCUACAUGAUGAACUGAUGAAGCUGCCGUCUUUUCCUCGUAAGGCACUUGAAGCAGACUUAGUACUGUACAGCCGGGGAGCUCUCGGUUCUACCCUUCUAGGAUUAGACGUGUUACAUAAGUUCAUGUGGGUACGACUUAUAGCUCGUAUGUUUGAAGCGAUGGCUGGGAACUUUACGUCAUCGAGAGACAUACAUCUGUUCCUGAAUGUUCUGAAUGGGGCUUUGAUGCUGCAUAGCGAAGACUCCUUAAUACUGAGAUAUGUCAUAGCGACAUACGUUAACGCUGCCUUCAAUUUCAAAAGCAUUUUCUCAACUAACGGCUACCUUCUAAUAAUGCCAACAUUAUUACAAAUAUACUCCAACUUCCAAACGAACAAACUAGUGACAACAACUAUUGAGUAUGCAGUGAAACAAUUUUAUUUACUAAAUCGGAAGCCAUUUAUUCUGCAAAUGUUUGGAUCUGUAUCGGCCAUUUUGGAUACAGACGAAGAAUCUACGUAUGGAGAUGCGAGUAAAGUACAGUCCAGCUGUCUAUUCAACCUUCUGCUAAGUCUUGAGACCCCUUCACCGGAUCCUCUUCACAUCGCAGAACUUAUUAAAGAGGAAAAACCAUUGAAACCAAUAGAUUUCUGCUAUCGCGAUGAAGAGGAGAUGGUCAAUGUAUUGGAUUGUAUCAGUUUAUGUGUGAUGGUCGUGUCGUACUCCGCUGAGAGUAUGCGGGGUUACCAAAUGUUGAUAAUAUUAGAAGCCAUUCUCCCAUGUUACGUCAAACAAAUUCAAUUGCCAACCUACAAUCGCGAGGGCAAAACUGAGAAAGAGAUCAUUCAGCAGUUGGCUAUUGCCAUAAAGACACUUGUCAACAACUGUGAGGGCCUGUCGAAAUCUUACAACGGCCCGUACAGAACGUCGCCUGAGCAUAAGGGCUCGUCACAGAGGACGGGGCCACGCACGGCCGCCGCAACCAUCAUCGCCUUCGAAGAGUCCCAUUCUAAAUACGAUAACUCCAAGAUACCUGUUCCUGAGUAUACUGGGGCUGAAGAUUCGGAGUUGGUUCGAGCAGAAUACCGGAGACCUCGCGAUGUGUUACUAUCGCUAGUCGGUGAAUUCAUUGGCCGGGCUACAACUCGCUUACUGGAAAUCAACGGGUCUAACCGUAGCGGUGGUACGGAAGGAAAGCCUGUAGAAUUAUUGGAUUCCAAGUCACACGCACGCCUUGCAGAAAUCGCUCACUCGUUGCUAAAGGUCUCUCCUUACGACCCUGAGUCUAUGGGUUGUCGCGGCUUACAACGUUAUAUGACGCAAGUACUGCCGGCUGCGGACUGGGCUGAUGACGCAUUAAGACCAGCCCUUAUCAUGAUUCUAAGGAGAUUGGAUAAGGUUUUCCUUAAGAUUGCUAAGAAACCUAGCAUCAGGAGAAACACAGACUGGGAUUCAGCUGCAGUGCUUCUGAAAGGCGUUUACGAAACAAUGAUUCGUUGUCCAUAUAUAAUGCACUGGCAACAAGUGAAAACUCUCCUAAAUACCGUUCAAGCAUUGAUAGUGUCAGACAACAACUGCGGAGAGAACUUAUCCUCAGCCACGGCGGCCCUAAUGUCACAGCCACCGCCGCCACAUUUCUGCAGCACAGUCGUCAGACUUAUAGCACUACAAAUCAUUAACUCUGGGGAUAACUACUCAUUGGAGCAAAUGUGCGGAGGCAGCGCCAGUUUCCCUUCGGCUGAGAAAACAGAAAAUAUGCUGAUGAAUUUGUUUAUGCCACUCUGUUUACGUGUUGGUAGCGGUAGAAAAGAUGUGCCGCCCCUCCGUCAAUCAGACGUGAGCUACCUCGUAUCAGUAGUACUGAACGCGUUAUGCCCCCCGGCGCCGCCCGGCCAGCUAGCAGCCGUCAAUGCUAAACUCAACGCUGCCGACAACCGCGCCAACUCCCUUACAUUUACAGGGAGUAGAGACACUAGGAAUACUACCAGACUGUCCAAUCAACUUUAUAGAAUCGCCUUUCUGGCAUUGAAGGUAUUAUGUGCGUGUUUCACGAGCGAGCUAUGUUCGGAGUGGGGCCGCAUCGCCCGCGCCAUGCGGGACUUGGGCCGUCGUAACGAAGCCGCGCACCAUCUGUGGGACUUCCUAGAACACGUUGUCACGUAUCGCUCUCCGCUGUACAUUCUGUUGCAGCCGUUUAUUGUGCAUAAGCUCUCCCAGCCACCUAUCGGUGACAACGAGCGCCACAUGCAGUUCGUAGUACGUGAGCGGGUGCGAGGACUCAAGCUACCGGCCGCACGCGCUAGGGGGGCGCUACUGGCGGAGCUAGCGAGGGAACUGCGACAUAUGCGGGAUACACACGAUCAGUUUAAAUUUGAGCAAAUAGCGGAGAACCUGGGUACGGGCGCGGGCAAGCGCUCGUCGGAGGUGUUCCCGCGCACGGGCGCGCUGGCGGACAAGCACGCGGCGCACCGGCCCUCGCUCAUCUCCAUGCUGGUGGGCCGCGCCGCGCCGCUGCCGCGCACGCCCGACCAUGUGGCGCCGCUGUCCGCGCAGAGGGAAUCGUUAUCUAGCAGUUCAACCACAAGCCAGCAUAUGCCAACGUUUGAAGCUCCAUUGAUAAGUGGUCGGCUGAGUGAAAACAGCAAUAAUAAUGCUAGUAGUGGCAACUCUCACGUUGGCUCGCUGAAUAAUUACGGCAGCGAUACGAAACCUACCGUCAGUACACCGUCAUACACGAGCAAUCAGACUAAAUUGCGAUUUGUACCGUCUGUGGAAUUGAAGUUUACUUCUGGAGAGACAUCAAUGAGUCCCCUGUCCCCGAUGUCCCCGGGCUCUGCGUCGUGCGGCGAGGGCGCGGCGCCCCGCGUGGAGUCUCCCGACGCGGCUGACGUCACGGACGCGGCCGAGCGACCGCGCCUGCAACGCGCACACGGACCCUCCAAGAAAACGUUUAAGUUCCGACGCAGCAGGCAUACUAAGCCUGAGGUGUCUCACGCACGUCUAGAGUCUGACGACGGUUCAUCUCCGGGCCCGGAAUCAACACCACUUCGCCGCGCGUGGUCGCAGCCGCCGUUCCUGCAACCCGCCUACAUCAACACCGACACGUCGUACGACAGCGAGAUCUCCCAGACGUCGUCCACGUCGGGAUACAGGCUAGCAUUACCCAACCAUCAGGAGAGCUACAGCCUGCAGGCGUCCAUGACGGAGUCUCCGGGCGGCAGCGCGCGCGCGGCGCUGGCGUCGCCCGAGGCGGGCGCGCGCUCGCCCAGCGCCACGCCGCACGCCAGCCCCGACGCUUCACUGAGCUGCGAGUCGGGGACGUCAUCAGCUGAACGCACAGCAUUACUUGGUGCCGCAAGCCAACGAUCUCUACUGCUGAGUAGCGAUCUGCGCGAUGAAGAUACUCUACUCUGAAUUCUUCCACAGAAAAUUGCCAAAGAAUACAAUGAAAACAGAAAAAAGCAGAUUCAAUCACCACUUAUACAAGAUGUUGCGAUUGUCUAAUUAUUAUACUCUUUUAGUAAUAAAGCUACUAGUUCAAUAUUGAGUAGAUAAAGUAGAACGAUCACUUUAAGAUAUUGAUACUCCAUCAGCAAGAAAUAAGUAUUUAGUGAUAAUAUUGUCCAUGUUUUGUCUUAAAUGUAGCAAAAAUUCUUAUGAGCAAAAUAAAACACCACAUUCUUAUGAAGAAUUCCAGAUAAUUACUGUUAUCACCUUAAAAUUCUAGUCAAAUUGAAAUUAAUGUGUUAAAAUCAAUAUUAGUACUAUGUAUUAUUAAUAAUGUGAUAUGGAGUUUAAUUUAUUAAUGUAUGAUGGGUUACAUUUUUAGAGAUUUUUAAUAGACAUCUUUGUUUAUAAAA